AUGUCUGAAAGCAUAGAUAAAGGGAAAAAUCCGAAAAUUUAUGCAAUAACUCAACCGCAGUGUUUAGUGUCCGACGCUACGGCUAUGGUGCUGUAUGUGUCCCGUGCCGCCGGCAUAGCGCCGCUGAGGUUCAGGCGACAUCGUGACGGCUGGCUCAUCAGCGUAUCACCAUCUGCAUUCGUUUACAGCAUCAUUUUAACAUUAAUUAUAGGGUCUUUAUAUUUGUGCAUUGCUAAAUUUCAAUCACUGUUUGGAACCAUAAGGUUUAAAAAUUUGUAUUGUUUAGUGGCCACGGGCAUAGGUGGAGUAGUACUCGACUUCAGCGUGGAUCCAUCUAGGUCGCUGCGCGUGCGCACGCCCACCAAACGCAUCCUGUGGAUCGCAGACUUUAGUGUCGUGAUGUUAACGAUGCUGGUCGCUGCUUUCGCCCGUAACAUCAAAAAGGAGAAAGCAUAUUGUCUUGGCGUUGAUGUCGAUGGUAACUUUUGCCUCACUUCUCGCUGCAGAGUAUUACAUAUUUGUCAACCAGGCGAAACACUUUCAGAGAGAUUCUACAUGGGAGCAUAUUUCGCAUUAAUAUUACUAGAGAUGCAGUUCAUUUUCGGCGUUAUCAUGGUAUAUACCGCUGUAGAGGCGCUCAACGAACCAUUAACAAAUUUGCUAGAAAUCGCAGAUUGCAAACAGAAUUGUAUAACUAUAAUACAAAAGCCAAAAAGACACUGUGAAACUGUGCGCCAUCUUGCGGUUUCCUAUAUUAAACUGUGCUUAGUGGUGAGAGAGGCGAACAGAUGCCAUGCGAUAACAGUUCUAAUGAUGUUUUGCAGCAACCUCACACAUUUAGUCAUUACGCCAUACUAUCUGCUGUUAACUUUAUUUAGCGCAAGAAACCACCCCGGCAUGGUACUGUUGGAACUCGCAUGGUGCCUCGCGCAUAUCAUCAGCCUGUUGAUGCUUGUGGAACCCUGCCAUUGGACACAGGAUGAAAUCAUGGGCACCCUCACGACAUAUUUGGUUAUUCUAUUGCAAUUCCAGAGCAUAGAUGAGAAAAAAGAUGGUUUAAUUUAA